CCUCGACUCCAUUUGGAGGAGAAAAAAAAACAAAGAUCUUCAACAGCAGACUUCUCAGCGGUGAGAUUCAUGUCCAACAACAAGCAGUGCUGAAGAAAAGAGAACUGCUGGAUUCUUUAUGGAAAUACAUGGAUGUGAUUAUGGACUGUGAUUGAUUCCAGCAGAAGAGAUCGGCGUCUUCAGGACUCUGCGUGUACACGAGCAUUGAAAAAUGGAGAUUCCUGAUCAGGGGACAGAUCAUGUGACCUCACCCUCAAAAGACUGUAAACUACAGAGAGAGAAAUCACACUCACCAGUGCCCAGCUGUGUCUCCAUGAAGAGUGAUCGGUCUAUGGAUGAAACUUUGGUAUUAAGCACUGGAAUCUCCUCACCUGGACACAGUGUUCUACAGAAGGCAGGAGACAGAAGAGAGAAGAACAUCAUCACAGCUACAGGACACGACCCAGAAUCCACUGCUGCAGAUGAAUUCCAGAAGAAGUUCAAGUUCAAUCUGAUGAAGAAGUGUCAGUGUUUGAAUGGAUUGAUGCUAAAGCAGGAAAACCGAACACUCCUGAAUGAGAUCUACACAGAGCUCUACAUCACAGAGGGAGACAGUGGAGACGUCAAUAAAGAACAUGAGGUGAAACAGAUCGAGGCAGCAUCCAGGAGGAACCCAACUGAGGACACACCAAUCAAAUGCAGUGACAUCUUUAAACCCCUAUCUGAACAAGACAAAGCCACCAGGAGAAUUCUGAAAAAGCUCUUAUCUGAACAAGAUGAAGAAACCAUCAGGAACGUUCUGACAAAGGGAGUAGCUGGAAUUGGAAAAACAGUCUCUGUGCAGAAGUUUGUUCUGGACUGGGCUGAGGGGAAAACAAAUCAGGACGUCCACCUCAUAUUCCCACUUCCUUUCAGAGAGCUGAAUUUGAUGAAGGAGCAGAAACUGAGUCUGGUGGAGCUCCUUCAUGUGUUUUUUAAGGAGAUGAAAGAAAUAGACAUUUCCAGGUUGGAGAAGGUUUUGUUCAUUUUUGAUGGUUUGGAUGAGUGUCGUUUUCCUCUGGAUUUCCAGAAGACAGUGAGAGUGUGUGAUGUAACUGAAUCAGCACCAGUGCAUGUGCUGCUGAUAAACCUGAUCAAAGGGAACCUGCUUCCCUCUGCUCUCAUCUGGAUCACCUCCAGACCAGCAGCAGCUGAUCAAAUCUCUGAGUGUGUCCAUCGAGUCACAGAGGUACGAGGGUUCAAUGACCCUCAGAAGGAGGAGUACUUCAGGAAGAGGAUCAGUGAUCAGAACCUGGCCAAUAAGAUCAUCACACACCUGAAGUCAUUAAGAAGCCUCUACAUCAUGUGCCACAUCCCAGUGUUCUGCUGGAUUUCAGCUGCUGUUCUAGAGAGAAUGUUGGGUGAAGCAGAGAGUGGAGAGAUCCCCAAGACUCUGACUCAAAUGUACACACACUUCCUCAUCAUUCAGACCAACAUCAUAAGAGAGAAGUACCUACAGAAGCAGGAGAGCGAUGAAGAAAUGCUUCUCAAACUGGGGAAACUGGCUUUCCAGCAGCUGGAGAAACAAAACCUGAUCUUCUAUGAGGAAGACCUGAGAGAGUGUGACAUUGAUAUGACAGAAGCAGCAGUGUAUUCAGGUGUGUGUACGCAGAUCUUUAGAGAGGAGUUUGGGCUUCACCAGAGUAAAGUGUACUGCUUUGUUCAUCUGAGCAUUCAGGAACAUCUCGCAGCUCUGUAUGUGCACCUGAACUUCAUGAAAGAGCAGAGAAAAGUUCUUAAAUGGAAUCAGGUCUGGAGGAUACUAUUGGAUGUUCUUAAACAGAAUCAGGACUGUAGGACACUUUCAGAUGUUCACAGGAGUGCUGUAGAUCAGUCUUUAAAAAGUCAGACUGGACAUCUGGAUCUUUUCCUCCGCUUUCUUCUGGGUCUCUCACUCGAGUCCAAUCAGAAACUUCUACAUUCCUUUAUAACACAGACAGGAAGUAGCUCCCAUAACAAAGAGGAAACAGUUCAGUACAUCAAGAAGAAGAUCAGUGAAGAUCUUUCUACAGAGAAAUCCAUCAAUCUGUUCCACUGUCUGAAUGAACUGGGUGAUGAUUCUCUAGUGGAGGAAAUCCAGCAGUAUCUGAAAUCUGGAGCACAAGAUAAGAUUCUUGUGAGAGUGAUGCCUGUGAUUGCAGCAUCCAGAAAAGCAAUUAUCAGAUGCAGUGACAUUUUAGGGAGAAGUGGAGAAGCUCUGACCUCAGUGCUCAACUCAGAAACCUCCAGUCUGAGAGAACUGCAUCUGACUGUCAAUACACUGGAUCUGUCCUGGAAUAAACUGGAAGACUCAGGAGUGAAGCGUCUCUCUGCUCUACUGGAGAAUCCUGAGUGUAAAGUGAAAGGUCUGAGGUUGGGUGGUUGUGGAGUGUCAGAUGAAGGCUGUGCUGCUCUCGCUUCAGCUCUGAGAUCAAACCCCUCACACCUGAGAGAUCUGGAUCUGUCUUGGAAUAAAGUAGGAGACUCAGGAGUGAAGUUUCUCUCUGCUGUACUGGAGAAUCCUCACUGUAAACUGGAGAUACUGAGGUUGUGUGAUUGUGGAGUAUCAGAUGAAGGCUGUGCUGCUCUCGCUUCAGCUCUGAGAUCAAACCCCUCACACCUGAGAGAUCUGAAUCUGUCUGGGAAUAAAGUAGGAGACUCAGGAGUGAAGUGUCUCUCUGCUGUACUGGAGAAUCCUCACUGUAAACUGGAGAUACUGAGGUUGUAUAAUUGUGGAGUAUCAGAUGAAGGCUGUGCUGCUCUCGCUUCAGCUCUGAGAUCAAACCCCUCACACCUGAGAGAUCUGGAUCUGGAUGGGAAUAAAGUAGGAGACUCCGGAGUGAAGUUUCUCUCUGCUGUACUGGAGAAUUCUCACUGUAAACUGGAGAAACUGUGGUUGUAUAAUUGUGGAGUAUCAGAUGAAGGCUGUGCUGCUCUCGCUUCAGCUCUGAGAUCAAACCCCUCACACCUGAGAGAUCUGGAUCUGGAUGGGAAUAAAGUAGGAGACUCCGGAGUGAAGUUUCUCUCUGCUGUACUGGAGAAUUCUCACUGUAAACUGGAGAAACUGUGGUUGGUGUAUUGUGGAGUAUCAGAUGAAGGCUGUGCUGCUCUCGCUUCAGCUCUGAGAUCAAACCCCUCACACCUAAAAGAACUGGAUCUGUCUAGGAAUAAUGUAGGAGACUCAGGAGUGAAGUGUCUCUCUGCUGUACUGGAGAAUCCUCACUGUAAACUGGAGAUACUGAGGUUGGAGCAGUGUGGAGUAUCAGAUGAAGGCUGUGCUGCUCUCGCUACAGCUCUGAGAUCAAACCCCUCACACCUGAGAGAUCUGGAUCUGACUGAGAAUAAAGUAGGAGACUUAGGAGUGAAGUUUCUCUCUGCUGUACUGGAGAAUCCUCACUGUUACACUCUUAAUGUCACAACAGACAUUGCCAGUUCUCUAACAGCUCUGGAGAUAGAGACAGUGGACCUCCAGUGUUUGGAGGCCACAGGAAAUCGAGAGCAUAUUGAAGCCCUCAAAACCAAAAAAAGCCAAAAUGAACGACCUAUUGGACACUGCAGUACAGGGGCACUGGUUCACUCACGCUUUAAAAGUGUCACUGAGAUGGCUGCUCCUUCUAAGUUCUUCUUCAGUUUAGAGCAAAUGAAUGAACAGAAAAGAUUUAUGCAUGCUGUGCAAACAGAAUCAGGGGAUCUCGUGUUAGAGCCUUCUGAGAUUCGCCAGCAGACUGUCAGCUUCAAUUCAAAGCUGUAUAGCAGCGAAAGGUCAGGGUCACAGGAGGUGGUAAAGACCUUCCUUAAAGACCUGCCUAAGCUCACAGAGUCAGUGGCCAAAGAGUUGGACAAGGAGCUGUCACUGUCUGAGCUUUAA